AUGGAAAUGCCAAUUUUGUGUUUCCGCAAUCAGCGGAUGAGAAAAAUGGGUUGGGUCGGGUCGGGUCGGUCAUGUAGUCCAAGCUCAUUUCUUCCCCUUCGGCUGCUUUCCUUUGCUCUGCCGCUUUCUCCUCCGCGCUCUCUCUCUGUCUCUCUCAAUUUGGUAGCUUUAAAGAAGUGUCAUCGUUUAUGUAUAAUUGUUGUUUUUGUUGGUUUUCUUUUUAUUGUUUUGAUGGCAACUGCACCAAUAAAGUCACAGCCUUUACACAACUUCAACUUCUCGUUUCUGAAAUGGGGGACCCACGGAGGUGGUAGUUCUUCAACCACCACCGACCACCGCAGUUCUCCUGAAUCUGAUUCGGACCACGGACGUCUCCGUCCGACGCGUGUUGGGUCACGCUCCACCCGCAUUCACCGCUUGUUCUUUCCUUCCCCGCCAAAACCCUUCAAACAAAGACACCGCGAAGAAGAAGGAGAACAAGAAGAAGAGGAUCCGUUAAGGCCGCGAAAAUAUGAAGCUGAAGAAGAAGAGGAUGAGACGGUGCAGAGACCGUGGAAUUUGAGGCCAAGGAAGGUGGUGGUGGAGACGACGGCGGUAGUGACGUCGGUAGUGGAGAAGUUUACUGAAACUGCGGCGCCGAAGUCGAUGAGAUUAAGGGGUUUGGCUGAAACUGGAGGGGUUGGAGAAAAGAAAGAAAAAAAUAAGUUUUGGAUAGCUUUGUCAAGGGAAGAGAUUGAAGAAGACAUCUUUGUGAUGACAGGAUCAAGGCCCGCAAGAAGGCCCCAGAAAAGGUCAAAGAACAUUCAGAAACAGCUUGAUAAUGUUUUUCCUGGGUUAUGGUUAGUUGGUACAACAGCUGAUGCUUAUCGUGUCGCUGAUGCUCCUGUUAAGAAAUAGAUCUGCUUUUAGAUGCUUGACAGAUUACCAGAUAUAAAGGGGAUGUUUAUGGUGUCAGUGAAGUAGGAAAUUCGGGAAGCUCUGUAGGGUAUGGGCCAUAUGGUACAGACCUCAAUUUUUUUAGGUAUAUGAAAAUAUGAUGUUUGUAAAGAAAAAAGAAAAGUAUGAAAAAGAUAUUUAAUUUCUUUAAUGUUUUUAUUUUGUGUUGUGCAAAGGAAACAGUAGGGAUAAAGUUUUAGUGGGUUUAGAAAUUGAUGGUAGUCUUUUAAGACGUCAAAUAUGAACAGAAAUAUGUGUGAAAUAGUGAGAAUAUCUUUCAAGGCUUUUCAUUUCAAUAUGCUGAAUGGUAUUCUGAUUCUGGGAUUUGUUUUUUUUUAGCUUUG